CAUUGGUUGUUUUGUUGAAUGAAUCUUUGACUCCAUGGCAGUGUGCCGAGCAAUGCGAUGCUGGCAACUCCGCAAGAGGUGACAGCAGCUGCUUUGGCACAUUGGGAGGUAGAAGAUGAUAGCGGCUGGCAUCCUUGUGAGCAGGAGGUUUUGCAAAGCUUGCGAGUUGCUGGUGCUGGUCUGAAGAGUCUGGCAUCCUGCAUGGUAGGGAGUCGCCUGUGUGAACUGCACUUGGAUGCGCGUGUGGAGAUUGACAUACUGACUGGCAAGAGAAGGCGCUUGCGCAUCACCAGCCCAUCUGAAGCAGAUGUGGCUACCGCAGCAGUUGCUCAAGGUGGGGCCUCUGAACUUCCUGACAGGCCUCAGCCGGCGAGGGAGGUUGCAGCCAUUGAAACUGCAAAACCAAAGAAGACGCUCUCGCGAUAUUUCACAAAGGAGAAGAAGGAAGGUUCCCCUUCCAAGCUGCCCAAGGGACCAGAGAGAUCAGAGGCCCCAGUUCAAAGUUCCUUUGCUUCAGAUUUCGCAGGUAGUCUGGCUGAUUUGGGUGGGCCGAGUUCACCCAGCACAAGCGGCGCUGGUGUGGGAGAUGGAGAUGGCGAUCCGAAGAUAGGCAAUGAAAAGAUUGCAUCCAUUUUCGAGGAGAUGAGUGUCGUUCAAAGGCUUAAGCGGGAUCGCUUUCGCUCGCAGGCCUAUGCGAAAGCAGCUCAAGCCUUGCGAGCACUUGCGGAGCCGAUCGACAGUGGGGCCCAAGCAAAGGCCAUUAAAGGGAUUGGUGCUGGCAUGGCCAAUCGGAUCGAUGUGAUCUUGAAAACGGGCGAGUUGAAAGAGCUGGAGGAGUUGAAGUUGGACAGCGAUGUAGUGGCCCUGCGAGAGCUCCGAUCCGUGCACGGCAUUGGUGCUGUCAGUGCUGCCAAGCUGGUGGAGCGAGGCAUAAGAUCGCUGGCGCAACUCAGAGACGCCGUGGAGAAGAACCAAGUCCACCUGGACUCAGCGCAGGCCUUGGGGCUUCGCCAUUGCGAAGAGUUCAGCAAGCGGAUACCCCAGGCUGAGAUGAAAGAGCACCACAAGUUAUUGGAGCAAUGCUGCUUGAAAGGGCACCCGGACCUGCUCCUGACAGUUUGUGGUUCCUAUCGCCGUGGGCGCCCAGACUGUGGUGAUAUCGAUGUGCUCAUCAGCCACCCCGACUACACCACAGCCAAGAAAGAAGCAAACGCUGGUGGAAAGCUCCUUCAUGGGUUCGUCAGCACGUUGAAGAAGGCUGGCUAUGUGACAGGAGACCUUGCCUUCGGGCAGACAAAGUUUAUGGGAGUUUGCAGGCUCUCACGUGGUCAUUUGCACCGACGACUUGAUAUCCGCUGCAUGCCGGAGGACCAGUAUCACUUUGGCAUGUUGUACUUCACUGGCAGCGCUGCCCUCUCCGUGAAGAUGCGGUUGAGCCUUGUUUGGUGAGAACAAGCUUUCAGUCUAAACGCUGGGAGUUUGCACAUGUUUUCUUCUGCAGUGUAUGUGGCCACCCCUUCCUUUUGGCGUGGCAGAGUUCUUCUCACGAAACAAACAACAUGCUUGCCUCGCCUGUUGACUCUUUGCUAGUGUAGGCCAGUAUCUUCUGAGGAAAGCGAUUGAAAUGGGACUCACGCUGAGCGAGUACGGCCUUGAGAACAAAACCACGGGCCGGAAGGUGAUUGCGCACUCUGAAGAAGAGAUAUUCAGAGCACUGGACAUGACGUACUUGGCACCCUCAGAGAGAUGAAGUGAGCGCGAAAAACCUCUCUAUUGAAGAGCUGUAAGUGCAGAGAAUGGUCUCGACCUUGGAGUUGAACCUGGACAGACUUCCAGGCCCGACUGCCUGAGCUAGAUCCAGCGAAGGAUAUGGAAAAUGUGUCUUUCGCUGCUGCUUGUGUGCAGACUACUGCAAACAAGACUGUCAGUUCCAGCUGGGAAGUGCCACAAAGAGCAACAGACUACAGAUUGAGCCUCGUCACUCAAAAGUCUAGUCGAGAUAGCAUGAUAGCAUGAUGGCCUAAUAUUCCCAGCAUUUCGCCUCAAAGCCUCGCA